GUAAAAACAAGGAAGCAGCAGAAAUUACAAAUGAUAAUACUAGUAGUACUAGCUGGAGAAACCCCUCCAUGAUCGCUAAUGAAAUGAUGCGAUUGUUUCUCUAUUAUUUCAAUAUAUACCCAAGGCGUGUUACUUGGUUGAAGGAGUUAUCAUCAGCCUUAACCUAGUUGAAUAUGGUGUGUUAGUAUUGUUGAUGACGUAUCUCACAAGUAUUCCCGGUUACUCACUCGUACGUGCUGUAGCGACCGUGAAUAUUUUUUCCUUUAUCAGUGGGAUACUGGCCAUAUUUGCAGAGUUAUGUGCUUUACGGGUUGGAUGUUACUUCAUGGUGCAAGUCAACUCUAUAUCCUACAUUCUGGGAUUAGUGGUCCUUACAAAUAUUAAGCAUCCCGGGUCAUUUCAAGCCUUACAUGGAGCAUUAUUUCUACUAGCAGUAGGCCACGGUAUCUUUCUUUCGACAUGUAAAGAAGAAUUCAUGAGAGAUCAAAUGAAGAAAGCCAGCCGAGUUCCUAAUGAAGACGAUGAAAAGAGAGACGAGAUUCGUUGUACAAUCUCUACAAUGAGAACCAAGGUUCUAGGUUUUGGUUUUUCUAAUUGGCUAGCAACUAAUAAACCUUGGAGAUAUCAGUUUCUGAUUAGUAUAUCUAUCUUGUCCUGCACAACAUUCUGCUUGUUUGCUUGGAAAGUUAUACCAAUCAUUUCCUCCACUGCUUGUAGUUUGUCACAAUCCCCAAAGGAUGAGGAUGGAAACAAGGAAAUAGCAUUGAGCAAUAAGCGGUUACAAUCCCAAGAGAAUGAGGAUGAUCAUUCCGAAUAUCAUCCCAAAGAAGAAAACGCGGAAACAACAUUGAGCAGUAAUCAACAGAGUGAGAUAACGAAAACUAGGCUGAGAAGCGCGGCUCCAAUAUGUUUCACAUUCCUCGUGUAUGGUAUAGUUUGCUCAACAGGGAAUACUUUCUUUCAGGACCAAGCAGGAUCUGUGAACCCGUUAACAUGGGUGGUGAUUAUAUCUCCGUUAUGAUGUUACAGGUUAUAUCAAGAACUUCAAGAUACGUUAUCAAUCAUCUGGUUUGUUAUUUUUUGUCUAAAAGAACAAGAACUGGAACACUUGCAAUUUUGAUUAGAAUGGGGCUUGGGAUGUUCUUUAGUAUUGUCACUUGUACAAUUGCUCAGUUGACAGAGGUUGUGAGAUUGACUGCUAUCAAGAACAACAAUACGUUCAAAGUAAGCCCUGAUGAUGAAAUCGCUCGUCCUGAUAUUCCAGUUGUCUUAUUCAUUCCUCAGUAUAUUGCACUGGGUUUCGUUACUGGGUUAGCACGGGAAGGCCUCGAGGUUUUCUUCCAAAGCGAAUAUUCAGGUUGGAUCAAGUAUUGUGCAACGGCUAUUACCGAAGCUUUGACUGGAAUAGGAUCCCUUCUCACUAUAGUCUUAGUUUUUACUCAAGAUAUGAGUCGUAUUGAUCUCUUUUAUCGCUGCGUGGCCUUUAUGUGCGUAUUUAAUUUUAUACCACUCUAUUCUUUGGCCUCAACUUGUUAUUACAGAAAGAUUACGAUAUGGAGGCUCGUAAAGGAUGGGAUGUAACAAUUAACUAAGAGUUAAUGAACCCAAUUGGGGGACAGAUGAUU